GGAAGAAAGCAAAAUGGAGGUAGUAAAAACAGUUGCUUCUUUCACUCAUAUUCAUGUCGCCCUCAAAAUCCCAUUUUCACCCAAAAUAGCUUCAAAAACAAAAAAAAAAAAAACGCCUGCGCCCCCCCCGCCUAUUCAGUUAAAAAUUUUCGAAAAAAAUUCAACUUGUAUAUGGCGCCAUAUGUGUUCCCAUAAUAAACCCCUUAAUUCCCUUCAAUCUCCAAGCAAUUUCCUCUUUCCUCCUUUCUCUGGUUGUUCUUGUAACUGAUAGAGGAAUCAAUGGGGGAUUCAGAAAAUUGCGGUAGAGUUACACGUUUAGCAAAGAAAAGGGCAGCAGAGGCCAUGGCUGAACAACAAGAAAGGCCCAAAAAGAGGGUUGUUUUGGGCGAGAUUCAGAAUUUUGCGAAUGUGGGGGAAGUUCAGAAACCGAAAGGGAAGAAGCAAUUGAAGAGGAAGGUGAAAGGGGAUGUGACUAGUAAAUCUGAUGGGAAGAAGGAAUUGAAUGUCGAUGACCCGCAGAUGUGUAGCGCUUAUGUUUCUGAUAUAUAUGAUUACCUUCGUAAAAUGGAGAUUGAGGAUAAGAGGAGACCUUUACCGGAUUACUUAGAAACAGUUCAGAAGGAUGUGAGUGCAACUAUGAGAGGGAUAUUGGUUGAUUGGCUGGUGGAAGUUGCAGAGGAAUACAAGCUACUUUCAGAUACCUUGUAUCUUACUGUUGCGUACCUUGACAGAUUCUUGUCGAUGAAUGUCAUCAGCAGGCAAAAACUUCAGCUUUUAGGUGUUUCCUCGAUGCUCAUUGCUGCUAAGUAUGAGGAGAUUAGUCCACCACAUGUUGAAGAUUUUUGUUACAUUACGGACAAUACAUACACUAAGGAAGAGGUGGUGAAGAUGGAAGCUGAUGUGCUAAAAUCACUCAAAUUUGAGAUGGGUAAUCCCACGGUGAAAACAUUUCUCAGGAGAUUUACCGGGGUUGCUCAAGAAGAUUAUAAGAGCCCCAAUUUGCAGUUGGAGUUUUUGGGCUAUUACCUAUUGGAGUUGAGCAUAUUGGAUUAUUGCUGUGUGAAAUUCUUACCUUCUUUGGUGGCUGCUAGUGUUGUAUUCCUUUCAAGGUUUACACUACAACCAAAUGCACAUCCUUGGAGUGCGGCUCUUCAACAAUACUCGGGAUAUAAAGCAGCGGAUUUGAAGGAAUGUGUUCUUAUCUUACAUGAUUUGCAAUUAAGUAGAAGAGGAGGUUCUUUAAUGGCUGUGAGGGACAAAUAUAAGCAGCAUAAGUUCAAGUGCGUAUCAACAUUGACCGCUCCUGUGGAAAUACCAGCUUCAUUCUUUGAAGAUACAAGACAAUCAUAAAUUAGGCUUCUGCUUGGACAUAUAGAUUAGAAUGCAUGGACUGUGUUCUUGGUUUCGCUUAAACUGGAUGGCUGGUUAACGGUGCUUGAAGGAUGCUGAGGACAUUAGUAUGAUUGUUCAUUUUAAGUAGAUUUUGCAGUCCUAGAAUGAAUCUGGUGCAAGAAUUUGCUAACUGAUAGUAAGAUAAAGUUGGACAGAUAUUUGUAGCUCGGUCAGAAAUUCAUAGAUAUUUGGAUUAGAGCCAUUGAAUGGAUAGUGAUGUUAUUGGUUACAAUUGGGAUGAUGUUUGAUGGUAUUCAAAUUUCUCAUGUAAAAAGCCUUGGUAGCUUCAGAACUAAAGAAUAUAUUGUUGAA